AUGUUUACCAUUAUCGCCGUAAUAGUAGUCAGCACGCUAGUCGCACUACUCACCUACGUCUAUGCCAAUUAUGGACGUCGAUACUCAUUAGGCCGCCGAUUUCGCGGACCACCAGCGCUGCCCAUCAUUGGCAAUGCGCUACUCUUCCUAGACAUUCAGCCAGACGAAUUUAUCAGCCGCCUCCUGGCGAUGAUCAAUGAAUAUGGAAAAACAUUCCGCCUUUGGUUGGGCCUCGAUCUCAAUAUUAUGAUGCACGAUUUCCGCGAUAUUGAAAUUUUGCUCAGCUCCCCAAAGUUUACCACAAAAUCAGAUCAAUAUCGCUUCUUGAAAGACUGGCUGCGUGAUGGUCUGCUACUGUCGAAUGGACGCAAAUACCAACAACGACGAAAGCUCGUAACACCUGCAUUCCACUUCAAGAUGAUGGAAGGUUUUUUGAACAGCUUUCACGAGCAUUCCGGGGUGUUGGUGGAGCAAAUGAGAAAGAUAUGUGCUGAAAGGCGGUCGUUUGAGCUGCUGCAUACGGUGGGUCUCUGUAUGUUGGAUACAAUUUGUGACACAGCAAUGGGUGUGCAUACGCAAGCGCAACGCAAUGAAGACUCGGAAUAUGUAAGAGCACUGAGAAGCUUGACGACAAUUCUUCACCUUCGCAUGUUCAAUAUCAAAUAUUACUUCGAUUUCGUUUUUCGUUUCACACCGGAGGGGAGAGAAGCUAAACGCGCCCUCGCCAUCUUAGACGACUUCGCAGAGCAGGUGAUUCUUGAGCGACGCACAGAAUUGAUGCAAGCACCGCAAGAGCAACACAAAGGCAAAGAAGAGCAACUUUCUAUUGGCAUAAAGCGCAAAGAGGCCUUCUUGGAUAUUUUGCUGCGUUCGUCAGACGACGGAAAACCGCUAUCGAACACGGAUAUCCGCGAGGAGGUGCUCACAUUUAUAUUUGCCGGACACGACACGACUUCAUCGGCGUUAAUGUUCUUCUUCUAU